AUGCAACGUAACGAUGUUACCCGUCGUAUAGAACGUGAUGUUUAUGACGUUUUGCAAUGGAAAAACCCAGUUCGUUCCGGCGCUACGUUGGCCAUUAUUGUCAGCUCAAUCAUGCUGACCCGUUCGUAUUCUUUGCUCCAACUCGGUGCUGCAUUGUUGACUGUCGCCAUCGGGUUGAAUCUCAUCUAUGUCACAUUUGUGACCCAGACUCAAAAGGUCUUUUCUGAAGGCAGUGAAGUUGUCCAUCCUUAUCGAGGUGUCAUUGGUAACAAGGAGCAGUUGACUACGGUCGACAAGCGUUUGGUCCAUCACUACAGCUCAUUGGGUGUCGAUAUUGCUGAGACCAUCAUCCGUGCACUUGCUCGCAUUGUCUUUAUCGAAGAUUCCAUGACCAGCUUGAAGUGGUUUGCCAUCUUUUACGUGACCUGGGCCAUUUCAGCACACAUGUCAAGCCGCACCAUUAUCCUUUUCUUUGUCAUUUCAGCCUUCAUUUUCCCUCGCUUGUACAUGUCCAACAAAGGCAUCGUGGAUUCGCACUUGAUGCAAGGAGAAGCUAUUUUGAAGGAACAGAUGAACAACGCCCAGUCAUACAUGAACGAUAACAUGGGUUCAGCUUAUGCAAAAACCAGAGCUUAUUUCGCCAAAGCUCAUACUACUGGUACUGAUGCAAAGAACUCCAUGUCCAACACAUCUGUAGCUGCUAAAAAGGAAGAGUAA